CACACACCAGAGUACAAGAUACAAGAAAGAUCUCUGGUGCCCCUUUGGUGACUACACCACACUAGUUGUACCACGCACGGGUGUCUCUUUCAACCGGUCAGUAUCUUUCAAACUCUGGUAUAAGAAGUUCUUACAACUGACAAUUUUGUUCUGAGUAGAUUCAAGUUAUUAUUUAUAAAUAAAUAUUAUUUUUAUUUUAAAACAAAAAAAGUUGUAAGUGAAGAAGAAAACCUUUUGACCUGAUCGCGUGCUGCAUCUGAAGUGAAAAAGUGCCGGUAGAGUUCGUGAACUUUUAAAGGAGAGAAUAAAGAAGUACAAUUAGAAGGAGAAGCAGAAGCAAAAGUAUAAGAAUAAGACAAAUAAUUUAAAGAAUAAGGGUGAAAGAGAACUAAGCUAGUACUUUUGUUCUGGUUCUUCCUCUUGAGUAAUAAUCUUAUUCUUGAGCUUCCGGGUGAGAAUGUGGGCUGGACAAGAUGACACGCAGAGGUUUAAAACCAGGGUUUUGAAACCACCUGGUGGCGGUAGCAGUGACAUAUUCGGCGGAGCAGACGAAACAAGCCCACGGCGUGUUAAGAAUCACAAUGCAUCUCAGCUUGGUUCAGCAUUAUACGGUGACAGUGGUGCAAGUACAGGCAGCAGCAGCCCCGAGACACCACGUGCCAAUAAGCCCGGUAAUGAUUCACACAAACGUCUGUUUGGUCCUCCCGAACCCGCUCCCAAAAACACAAAAAAUCACAUGCGCAGCAACAUCUCCCUCAGCGGAAAUGAUAUUAUUGACAAUAUUAAUUCGUCAAAUUGUCGCACAAAUAAGAACAAUGAGUCUAAUGGGACUCACAUCAAUGGCACUGCUUUUUUCAACGGCAACGCUAAUACUAAUGAUAUCACAGCAUUUAGGAGAAUCAAACGAUUUCGAGGAUCGUCCUUUAUACCGCGGAAUCCCGUGACUGGAGAUGGAAUUGACAUUACGCCAGUGCGGCGCAGCACACGAAGGUGUCGAGAUCGUAACCCGGUGACAGGCGCUGGAUACACACCCGAUCAGCAGAAUAACGUGACAUCGCACAAUGGCAGCAGCAAUGCCAGCAUUAAUGGCGAUUCAAAAUCAACAACUGAUUCAUCUCCAUCAAGCACAAAUAAACAACCUGGUCGUGGCCGUGUACCACCCGGUGGAUUCUCUUCUGGUCUUUGGUAAAAAGGGCUUCCUUUUUAUCUUCGAGUAUUUUUUAUCUCACAUGAGAUAACUCAAAAAAAUACACAAGAAACGAAAAAAAUAAACUUCAAAUUAAUCAAUUUGUCAAUAUUAUCUAAAGAUUAAUUUUCAAAUGCUUCAGCCGUUGUCAUUCCUAUUCAUUUUUUUUAUCGCUCUUCGGCUUAUAAUUUUUUUUUUUUUUUUAAUUAAAUUAUAAUUAAAUCUUUCUUUUUUGAACAAAAAAUUAUUUGUACUUGUACAAUUAUUGUCGUAAAUUAAUUGGUGUUAAAUAAAAAUUAUAAAUAAAAUAGAAAAAAAUAAAUUUUGUAAUAAAAUAAUUUCAAAAUUAAUAAACAUUAAAGGAUUUAAUAUAUAUUCUCGGGCGUAAUUAAUAAUUGUACAUUUAAUCUUAUGAUUAUUAUUAUAUUUCUAUAAUAAUUAUUUAAAUAAAUAAAUAUAUAAAUUAAAUGCACCAUAUGAAAGUUAUUAAAUAAGUGCUUUCUCAAUGCUGUGCCUUCUUACUAUCAUAUAUUAAAUAUAUCAUUUUUUGUUGGCUUCUUCAAAGUCGGUAAAUAUAAAAGAAUAAAAUAAUUAAAAAAAAAAAAAAAGUGGAUAAUAACUAGGCACUUGAAUAGAUUUAACUGUACAUGAGACGCCCGAGUGCUCUUCGUGAUUUUUCUCCUUUUUAAAAUUUUCUUACUCUUACCAUCUCGUGUAAUAAUUCAUUUUUUUUUUCUUUUUACAUUUCUCAUUAUUAUUAUUU